CUGUUGUGUUUGUGGUGUUUGUAACAUCCUGGAUGCUCUGGUUACCAGAUGGUUAAUGAGCGAGGCUUGCUCAGGGUGUGGAAUUUUGUGCGUUUGCUGCGUUGGGAGCAAUGUUUGAGUGACCUUUGCCUAACACAUAAGGGUCACAGACACUUGGUUUUUCACUGACACAUCAGCCUUGCAACAUAUUGGAGCUUUAGUUUCUAUGUGUGAAAAGCCGACUUUCUAAAGUUCUUCAUGGCUAUUUUUUCCACCAUAAUUGCUAAUAGGAGUGUAGUCAGGGAUUGGAGAGGUGCAAGGAGUGUGAGAGGCGCUCAGCUGCUGCCGGUUCUUUUGAGCUGGAAGAUUGAGUCUUUGUGAGUAAUCCAAGAGAAACAACUGCCAACCACUGCCACGUUUUCAUCUGUUGGUAAACAUCAGCUGCUGGUUGGCCUUGAGGGAGGAAGACUGAAUUAGUUCCAGAUGGAGAACUCUUUCAGCCCAUUUAGACUUUCCAGUUGAUUAAAGCCAGCAGGCAGAAAACAUGGAGCAGCCCACAUGAAGAAGCAUGAGGAGUUUAUAUUCCUGCAAGAUGUUCCUUGGAGGACCAAGCCCAGUUUUCCAGGCCCCUGGGAGAUGAAGCAUUGACCACAUGACAUUUUUAUUUCAACAAGUGAUGUAUCAGUGUUGUUUUGUGUGAAGGACAGAUAUUUAUUUCUUCACCUCACCAUGUCGGCCGUGCCGAGUGCUCUGACCCCAGAGGCCCCGAGCCCUCCUCAGCUGGAGGAGAAGCCAAAGGGGAAAUCCCUGUUCCAGCUGGGCUCCCUCUUUGCUAACAGGAGUGAGAAAUUUGUGAUUGCUCGCAGUGACAGCUUGCCAGAGGAGAAUGUCCUGAAAAUCACAAUCACAGAGACCACGGUCAUCGAGUCCGACCUGGGCAUCUGGAACUCCCACGCCCUCAUCUACCUCACUUUGUGGUUUUUCUUCAGCUUUUGCACUCUGUUCCUUAACAAAUACAUUCUGUCCUUGCUGGAGGGAGAGCCCAGCAUGCUUGGUGCUGUUCAGAUGCUUUCCACCACCUUCAUUGGCUGCAUCAAGAUGUUUGUGCCGUGCUGUUUGUACCAGCACAAAACCCGCAUCUCCUACCCCCCCAACUUCAUCAUGAUCAUGCUCUUUGUUGGAUUAAUGAGAUUUGCAACAGUGGUCCUGGGCCUGGUCAGCCUGAAGAAUGUGGCAGUUUCAUUUGCAGAAACUGUGAAAAGCUCUGCUCCAAUUUUCACUGUCAUCAUGUCCCGGAUGAUUUUGGGGGAAUACACCGGAUUGCUGGUGAAUCUCUCCCUGAUCCCUGUGAUGGGAGGGUUGGCUCUGUGCACGGCCACUGAAAUCAGCUUCAACAUCCUGGGCUUCUCUGCAGCUCUGUCCACCAACAUCAUGGACUGCUUGCAAAACGUCUUUUCCAAAAAACUACUCAGUGGAGAUAAAUACAGAUUUUCAGCUCCAGAGCUUCAGUUCUACACAAGUGCUGCUGCUGUGGUUAUGCUUAUUCCAGCUUGGAUAUUUUUCAUGGACGUGCCUGUGAUUGGGAAAAGUGGGAGGAGCUUCAGCUACAACCAGGAUAUUGUGAUUCUCCUCCUGAUCGAUGGAGUCCUGUUCCACCUGCAGAGUGUCACAGCCUAUGCCUUGAUGGGGAAAAUCUCCCCUGUGACUUUCAGCGUUGCCAGCACUGUCAAACACGCCCUGUCCAUCUGGCUCAGCAUCAUCGUGUUUGGGAACAAGAUCACCAGCCUGUCGGCCGUGGGCACUGUCCUGGUCACCGUGGGCGUCCUGCUCUACAACAAGGCCAAGCAGCACCAGCAGGAGACCCUGCACAGCCUGGCCAUGGCCCCACAGCCCCCAGGGCCCACCGAGGACACCGAGCCCCUGAUCCCCAAGGAUUUGGAGCCCUAUGAUUGAUGGGGCUCUGCAAGGAGACCCUCCGGGAUGGGGCUGUUCCUCUGAGUUCCUGAAAUCCUCCUGGGUGUGGUGGUUCCUUUGAAUUUCUCAAAUCCUCCUGGAUGGGGCUGUUCCUUUGAAUUCUAGAAAUCCUCCUGGAUGUGGUGGCUCCUUUGAAUUCCUCAAAUCCUCCUGGAUGGGGCUGUUCCUCUGAGUUCCUGAAAUCCUCCUGGAUGUGGCUGUUCCUCUGGUUCCUCUGAGUUCCUGAAAUCCUCAUGGAUCUGGCUAUUCCUUUGAAUUCCUGAAAUCCUCCUGGAUUUGGUUGUUCCUUUGAGUUCCUCAAAUCUUUCUGGAUAUGGUUGUUCCUCUAGUUCCUUCAAGUUCCUCAAAUCCUCCUGGGUGUGGUUGUUCCUCUGAGUUCCUCAGAUCCUCCUGGAUGUGGCUGUUCCUCUGGUUCCUUUGAAUUCCUCAAAUCCUCCUGGAUUUGGUUGUUCCUCUAGUUCCUUCGAGUUCCUCAAAUCCUCCUGGGUGUGGUUGUUCCUCUGAGUUCCUCAAAUCCUCCUGGAUGUGGCUGUUCCUCUGAAUGCCUGAAAUCUUCGUGGAUGUGGCUGUUCCUCUGAGUUCCUUUGAGUUCCUGGCAGGUCUUACCCAGGAUUUGGAGCUAGAAGGAGCUGGGAAGGAUCCAGGAAAGACUUGGGAGUCUGAUGCUCCUAAAAGAGGACCUGGAACGUGGUAAAUGUGGGCUUUGCUGUCUCUCUUUGACUCCCAAUCACAUCCAAGCCUGUGCUGGUGGAAGAACUUCAGUGUCCUGUGGGAGAACAAUUCCUGUCUCCCUCCACAUCCAAACAAUGUGAAAAUGGGGCCCCACCACGGAAUUCUGCUGGCAGAGGGAUGAAAUUGGUGCCUCGUGGAAGUUUCUGGUUGUUGCUCUGCAUUUCCUGCAUCCUCCCUCAUUCCUGAGUGCUGGAGAGAUGGAAGGAGGUCCAAGGACGAGAUUGUCCCACUCUGACCUCACCUCAAGCCCUGAGGGCUUUUUGGGCUCCCAAAAAUUGCCAGAGUCCAGGAGCAUUUGAACAGCACAAGAAGGGAUUUUUGGGGUGGAUUUUGGCUUCUGUACAGGGCAGGAGUUGGACUGGAUGGUCCUUGUGGGUCCCCUCCCACUCAGAAUAUUCCAUAAUUCUAAAAGGGAUUGGAAUUCCCACCCUUCUCUCCCAAAAAAACCCGCAACUUUAUAGGUUUGCUUGAAGCAAACUGUGGGAAAUGAGCUGUGGUGAGCAGCUGCUGCUGGCUACAAAUCCAGGAUUUGUAGUGGUUUAAAAUGUAAAAAUUGAAUGUGGAAAUAUUGCAUUCUUAUCAUUUGUUGGCAAAAAUGAAAUGCAAAUAUUCACACAUGUACCCUGUGUAAAUGGAGUGUUGAAUUCAAUACUUGUAGUUGCUUAGAGGUAAAAAAAAAAAAAAAACCCACUGAAAAUUGUGGUGACAAAGGAAGCAGGAUCGCUGUAUUUCUGUAAAAAAACAUUUUGUUUUCAUUUUAUUAUGCAUGAGGAAAGAAAUUGAUGGGGUUUUUAAUAUUAUUUCUAAGAGUGCAGCAAAAGGCUGCCUUUUAGAAUCUCAGGGUUAUGAGUCUGACCUGUGUGUAAAAUAUCUCAUUUCUGAUUACAUAAAGAAAUCUCAGAGGCAUCUGUGACAGAUGGAAGGAAUAUUUACCAUAAACUGAGGCAAAUCUGUAUUUCUGCUGCUUUUAAGUUUCCUUUUUCUUAAAGGAAAUUUGUUUUUGUGGUAGAUCAGAGAUUAAAAGCUAACUUUCCUUUUCAAAAUUCUGAAGAACAGUCAGUUUUGACAAAAAUAAAGCACACAUGUAGCUACAGAAAUAUUAACAUGGACUUUUUGGGAACAAAACUUAAAUUAAAAUGAGUGGAUUUCAAUAACUGCUACUAUUCUGGAAGGUUGGAGCAUGGAUAUAUAGUGGUCUUUAUGGUAAAAAUAAUGGCUAACAGGAAAAUACAAGUGGAAUUCUGUAAAAUUAGAUUUCCACAUCUCAGUGACUACCUGGGGCAGAUGCCCCAAAGAUCUGAGGGAGAAAAAUGCCAAUUUUUUCAUCCUUGUGUAUGUGAUAUGUCUGUGGUAUUUUGUUUUCUUUUGUACUCCUGUCAUUUUUAUAAAAGCUGUGGACUGUGGA